GUAGAGGAGUUUAUGUCGGUCUCGCUGAAAAUACAUCGCGCGGUUUUGCGAAAGUGAGUCGCGAAAAGCUUUCGUUUUCAUUUUGGGAGGAAAACGUGCGAAUUUUGGAGUGCCGAGGUUUGCUGCUCCAAUCGUGGAAAACCCCUCAAAAUUUGAAUUAACGUACCCAAAAAAGUUUUAUUAAAAAAUAAGUUAAUAUUGGAUUUUAUCAGCUGUAUAUAACUUUGCGCAGUAGCUCCCCACUACUACAUCGAGGGGUGGGGGUUCAACAGCUGAGCAUCGGAUACAAACCUAAAACACAAGUUUGCUGGUGUCAGUCGCGUUGUUAUCGUUCUUACGUUGGCAAUCGAUAUGCUAAGAAAAUUGAGGUGCUAAAGGCGCUUGCGAACUUAGUAGCAAUUUUAGACUUGAAACUUUUUAAGGUGACUUUAGAACAAUUUUGUGAAAAAGUGAGUGUUGUUCUCUCAUACUGUGGAUACGAUGGUGCCACAACAGAAUUUGGAUGAUAGAUCGGAUAGUCCAACUAGCAGCGGACUUCCAGUUUUUGGUUCUCUACUGAUUGACAAAAAUUCGGCAACACCCUACUCUGAUGCAACUCAGACUAAGAAGAAUAAUCCCAAUCACAUAAAGAGGCCAAUGAACGCGUUUAUGGUAUGGUCCCAGAUUGAACGUAGAAAAAUUUGCGAAUUACAACCCGAUAUGCACAAUGCGGAAAUUUCGAAGAGAUUAGGACGCCGUUGGAAGCAGCUGAACGACGAAGAUCGCCAGCCUUUCAUCGAAGAGGCGGAGAGACUACGCCAGCUGCACCAGAAAGAGUACCCAGAUUACAAGUACCGACCUAGGAAGAAAACCGCGAAACCCGCACCCAAGGGGGCGUCCUCGUCGAAAAAAUCCAAAAAGAAUUCCUCAAAAUUACACAGGAAUGACAGCAAUAACAAUAAUUCUUUGACUGAAAAGAAGUAUAUUCCAUUGAGGCGCGGUAGCACGUCAGACAUAGCAUCGAAAUUAAAAGACAGACUAGGUUUGGGUAGGCAACCAAUAGUCAAACCCGCCACAAUAACGACAACCCUUCCUCCCGUUAGCUUCCUCGCCACCCACGCUAAAGUUCCAUCCAGUCCGACCUGCGACACUCCCGACUCCCCUGAAAGUGCGACGUUGUACGACGACUCCCUACUUGGAAUGGACACGGACGUCAGUCGAGUAUGUUCGUUACAAGGUUACAAUAUAAAAGAAGAGCCCGACGAGAAGAUGCACGUUCAAGAUGCAACUUUAGCAGACUUAGAUACAAUUACCGAUCUCUUGCAAGUGGAGGGUGAGUUUAAUUUAGAUGUACUCGAUGACAUCGACACUUUUGAAACGGCGUCAAACAGUUCCGGUUCACAUUUGGACUUCUCGUGUCCGCCCGACGUUACGAUGAUGUUAACGAGCGUUUGGCCCGACCAAACUUUGUUUACGAAUUGUUGAAGGGAGAUUUAAAAGACUGUCGUCGAUUUUGAUUCGCGUGUGUUAUCACGUAUACCGCACUAAGUGCAGUCCAGUGCAGUCAUGGCGCGCGCGUUUGUUGAUUUGUUUACUGUUCAACUGUUGAACAUGGUUCGCCUACGUCAUGGCUGUACCCAACGUCAUUAAUUAACCCCUUAUGAUGAUCUCAUUUUGCGUUUUUUUUUUGUAUUUAUCAUGGUAGCGCAGUCUCAUUUGUCAGUCACCAUACGUAUUAUUGUAUAAUUCCCGGAUUCAACCAGUUGUUAGUGCCUAGUUCAGUAUGUCGGACCUUAGUCGCGCGGUCCUUACUUUUGACACAUCUACACCCCUCCCACAAACUAGGAAGGGACACAAAAUCAGGCUGUGAUUCAUCUUUUUUGAUGACCAAUUUAAGUUGUGAAGCCCGUAGUCUGACGGUUUUCUGCUUACAAAUAAGUUUGGGCACACGAAAAGGGCACCGCUCGAGUCAGCCGACCGGUGCAUUACGAUUGUCUCAGAUUUACUGCCAAACGCGGACGCUUCGUCUCACAUUCAUAACCUUAAAAUUCAUCGUAUGAUAAGUUUUUAUUAAAUAUGUUACUCAUAUAUAUUUCGUUCGUCCAGAGAAAAAUCCAAAAAAAAGUACUUAAAUUAUGCAUCGUAUCUAAGUCUCUUCAGCUGUAAAGUUUAAGCACUGUGGGUCGUUAGAGUAGGGAAUCGAUAUUAAGAGAUUAAGAUAUCCAGUAGGGUUAGGAUUGUUUGUGCUGCUACAAAUUUGUGGGCAUUCGGUUAUUUUGUUAUCCACGUGUUUAUGUUACAUGUAAAUACUUGUUUUUAGUUUUUAUAUAUCGUUAUAUUUUGUUCCCGGAAACUGUCGAAUUUUUCAAUAACAUCAAAAAGGAAAGAGGAAAAUUUAGUAAUUAACAAUAUACGCUUAAUUGAGUUGAACGUUUUUGAAAGUCAAUGCACAAACUUAUUAAAUAAUAAAAUAGCGUAUAAAACGUUUUUUGAAAUUUAUAACUAUAGAGUAGCGAGCAACAUCGAUAUUCUUAUAUUACGAUAUUGAGGCGCGACCAGCGUCCCUAAGUGUGCUUUCAAUGUACUAGAGUAUAACUUUAUGAUAAUAUUAAAGUUUUUAGAAUUACAUCGGACUGUCCGUAUAUUUAAGAGUUUUCGAAUUUUAAAAUUUUAUGAGGCCUGG